GAGACUAGAGUUCUAGUAGGUUCCUAGUCGACGAGCUUAAUAUCGAUACAGCUAUGUAGACACGGACACUUCCAAAUUUGUUUACACGUUUAUAAGAUAAAAUAUACAAUUUUUUUAUACGUAUUUUGUAAUAAAAUGUACUAUACGGCAUACAUAAAAAAAUAAUUUAUUGUAACGGUGUUGUGAAAUUAUAAGAAAUAUAAGAGAAUAAAAAGAAAUUUUGAGCAAAUUGCGGGAUAACCUCUGUAACACGCAUUAUACAAUCUAUAUUUUUGUUAUUACUGAAAUAAAAAUUUUAUACGAUAUCUUUAGUUCUUCGUUUUGUCGUUUCACUACUGCAAAUAUGGUUUCGAGUUCGAGUGAACAAAAGGGAAUUUGGAGAAGCCUCGAAAUUGACGACAAGACUCAUGUGAUUUGCUUCACAAAAGAAAAUGAUUUAUGGAAGGUGAUCUUGACAGAUCUAGUAGAGGUUUGGAUAGAAAACCUGACACACGAAACCAUGUUUCGCAAAUGUCAGACCUUGAAUCCUCUUUUGAAACCUCUUGAGGCUUUUGACUGGAAACAACCGGUAAUGGAUAUGUUGAACGAUAUCCCUAAGCACGUUGUAGAAAUUUCCGUGCCUCAGAUAAAACUGUGCAAAGAUCUAGACUUCGUAAAGUUAAAAUUCUCGCUAGAUCUCGUCAAAGGUACACCAUUGCAGUUCUGUGAGAAUGUGAUGAUGCCACUCUGCUUGUCAUCAGUAGAAAUAACUCGCCAACACGGAAUCUUAUUAGACCUGGUGAAGAAGAAGGACGAAGAAAUCACGGAGUACAAAGCAGGGGGAGCAGAGUUGAUUAGGAAGUAUAUUGCCACAAAACCGUUCAGUGAAGAGUUAUUUCAAAUUGAUACUUCUGUGCCAGUUGCAACUGACUGUACGGAAGCAUUCCGGUCAAUACUUAAUUCUUGCAACAUUAUAACCUCACCGAGAACGCAUGUGAAGGUAGAACCUGAUGAUGAUGCGAGUGAUGAUAUUUCAAGGACCAAUGGAACUGAGCUUGUCAGUUCAUCUAAGAAUAAACUUGUACAGGAGACAAAACAAGGUGAAGCCAGUAAGGAUGAGGAAAAUGAGGACAACAAAUGUGAAUUAAAUUCAUCCACUAGUGGGUCUUCAAUUUUGAAGUUGAGCAGUACAUCCCACAGUAUACAGAAGUCUCUCAAGAAGAAAAAGAAAACAUUGAGCGAUAUCAUAUCAUAGCAGAAUGUUAUUCUCUUGUUGAUUAUUCUUUGUUGGUUACUUUGUAAGUUCAUACUUUACUUCUUUGUUUGAAAGCAAAGCAAUUUUAUAUUUUUGAAGUAGUGCAAUUAUCCGUUACUUAUUUAUUGAGAAAGAGAAAAAGAAAUAUUGUACCUAUGUGUUUAUGUGUACCUUGCUCUAGACUAAAUAUAAGGAGAUAAAAAUAAUCUAAA